UCUUCACCUAAUUUCAGCGAGCAAAAGGUCAUUAUGUCCAACAACUCCACUGCAUGUCACAAUGACAGUACAGGCCAAUACAGCAUCCUCCCUGUGUGCAUAUACUCCUUCAUUUCCAUAGUGGGACUCAUCUUUAAUAUCACAGCACUGGCUUUUUUUUUCAAUCAAACCAAAUCCAGGUCACAAACAAUCGUCUACAUGACCAACCUUGCCAUAGCAGAUACACUGCUCGUCCUCACAUUGCCAAUGAGGAUCUACUAUCAUCUGGGUUUUACUGGUCCUCCUCAGUGGGUGUGUGAUGGCCUUGGGUUGGUCCUGAAGGCCAAUAUGUAUGGGAGCAUCUUCCUCCUCACUUCCAUUUGCUUUGACCGUUGCAUGGCUGUCAGCUUUCCUAUGUCAUCGCAUGUUCAGGAAGGGAGACGGAAAGCGCCCGUGGUUUGUCUCGGAAUAUGGAUUCUCACCUUCGGAGCCAGCCUGCCCAUCUACCUGUUCGGGCCUCCACCGGAUUCCAAUAACAAAUGUUUUGAUAAACUGCCUAUCUAUGCCAUACAACUUAAGGUGGUUUUACCAACGCUGUUAUUGGGGUUUGGCUUCCCAUUAGUAAUCAUGCUGAUCUGUUCCUGGGGGUUGUUCCGUUCUGUCCAACAAAGCACUGUGGCCCAGACCAAGCUAGUGGACAGCAGAAAAAUCUACAGGAUGAUCGUUACCAGUCUCCUCAUUUUCCUGAUCAGUUUCCUCCCUUACCAUGCCACCCUGGUUCUCCUGUCUCUUGAUAGAUAUAAAGAAUCAUGCACUGUGCUGACUGCAUACCGCUACAGCCUGAUGGUGGCUUGUCUUAAUACAGUACUAGAUCCCAUUGCAUAUUAUUUCACCACAGAUACAUUCAGGCGGAGUGUUGAUAUAGGCGCUGUUCAGAGGAUGUUCCCCUUGAAUAGUCAAAGCUCUGAUGUGAACGGCAGGAGCAGAGGUCCUAGAAAUAGCUAAAAGACUGUUGCAGAACCAAUCAGCAUUAUCAUCCCAAAAUCCU